AAACGACAUGUCUGCUUUGGUCAACGGCAGCCAAGGCGAGUCAGACAGUCGAUGCGUAUGGUUCGCCCGUGGCGCUCGUAACCAGCCAGCAGCAACCAGCCGCCUGAAUGUAGAUCCGCAUGGGCUACUACUACUCCAUCUCUCCGAAUAACCCAGCGGAAUCAUAAGAUAAGGAUCCCAGGAUGGUGUUAGUGCAUGUCGGAUAUCUGGUUCUUCCCGUAUUCGGCUCAGUAAGAAACCGAGUAUGGAGGCUGGCUCUACAUUCUGCAUUUAUCAGAUCUUUGUCGUCCCCCCAUUGUGUAGCUAAUGAUCAUCUGCUGCUGUGUGGUGUGGCGUGGCCUCUGCCUGUUCUCUGCAUUUAGCUGUAUUGUGAAUCCCUUCUUCAUUUCCUCUUUCCAUCAGAAGACGACAUUGGUAUUAAAAAAAGCACCCUCCCCCUUCCCAAGAUGUAUUCAGCCAUAGACUUUUCCAUGUCAAGCUAAAACAAUAGCUAACACCUAGACCAGAGCACCUUUUUUGUCUUUUUCUGUCAAUUGCUGUAGCAGUUAGUUUUGAAUGUCAUUGUGUACCUCCCAUCCAGUCGUGAUAGACAACAUGCUGUAAAUUCCUGUAAAGUGGAUACAUUUUGCAUGAUCUCAAACACUGCACUGCAUCAUUGAACACCAGAAUUCGGCUCAUCCGCCUCCUCUUCACACAAGGUGCAAUGUACGUGACUAAAAUGACCUAUGAUUGUUGAAAAAAACUAAACAAACAAACAAACAAACAAAUAAGCAAGCAUGCACAUUGGAGCCACAUGCAUGGCAUUUUGUAUUGUUAAAGUCAGCAUUGCAGCAUACGCUACCUGGCCAAAAAAAGUCGCCACCUGAAUUUAACCUAGCAAAUAGGUAAGAGCCUCUUGUUGGAUAAUUACUGCAUGGGCAAUAAUCUUUCAGCUAGCUACAAGUUAUUUAACCCUAACGGGUGCAAUGAGUAGCUUCUUAUUUCUCAAACAACCAUGUCGAUAGACACGUCCCGUGGUGAAAAAUCUUUUUAGGUGGCGACUUUUUUUUGGCUAGGCAGUUUAUGUCGUAAAUGUCAUCUGUUUAAGUGAACUGAAGGUACACUGCACCUGCACACAACAACCUGCCAUAACUGUCUUCAUUUUUUGUGUAAUCCUUUUUGUUCCCUUUGCAAAUUUCAAGCUUUGAAUCACACUGAAUUGUCAGGGCCGUUUGCCGUUUAAUGGGCAAAUGAAACAAGUAAUCAAAACAUGCUCACUGGUGGUUCAUCACUUCCCUAUUUUUCCCCCACUAACAUAAGGCCAAAAUGCUAUCCAUUUCACAGGGAUGCCUAUUUUCCUGCACUGCUAAAAGAUCCUCUAUUAGUAAUAACGUCUUUUAUUGUUUGGUUGUGGUCUCUCUUUACCUUUUGUUCUGGUAAUAGUACUUUUCAAUGCAUGGUCACAUUUAUGAUUCAUAAUUUUUUGUUUUUUUGUUUUUCUACAUUGACUAGUAAAAAAUCCAAUGUAAUCUUUCUGUAGUAAAGAUGUACCCUGCUGUACUGGAAUCAUGUGCUGUAGCCAACACGUCUGCUCAUUGGAUGCCGCUUUUGUUCUUUUUAACCCUAUAUGGAGCAUGGUGGGCCUUGCCUUCAGUCUAUGUUGUUUAUUUUUGUUGCAUGGAAUUAUACUAUGAUUACAAACAAAACAGGGGAAAAAAUACACAAAUUUCACAUAUACUAAUAUUUUUCAAUAAAGAAUAUAGUGUUUUUCCUAACCUUCAGUGUGCUUCUUGCUGAUUUCCAUUUAUUGUCCUCCCUCUCCCUUGUCCCUACCUGCCCCCUCUCCACCCCCCACCCACCUCCUCUCCUGCUGUGACAAAGAUAGACGAUUUCCACGCUUCCUCCAUCACAAGGCCUGAAUGAGUCUAUCUGCUGUCGUUCAUGGUGAACGUUUUCACUGAGAUGCUUGAAAACGCAGUGUGCUACUUAAAGUCUAGACUUGAGCCUUUGACCCAUGGCAGCAAGGUCAUCUGUUGUCUGCCCGGCUACACUGACGACCUCUUAAGAUGAAAAUACUGCUGGAAAGCCAUACUGCUUAUCUUUCGUGGGAUCCCAUUUCAACCGGCAACAGCAGCAACAGCAGCAGCACAGCCAUGCUACCUCUUGCCGGCACUUCCAGUUAGGUCCUCAGGCCCCGCUGCCCAUGGACUUCCCCAUGCCCCACCCAGGGCAGCCACAGUCAGGCAUUAACCCCCACCUGGCGCCUCCCGGCCACCAGCAUGGCCCUCCGCUCCACCCAACCCUCAAUCCUAUACCUGCUCCCCAGUUCCAGGACAUCCCUGCCCCUCCCUUCCUACCUCAGGCAUUACACCAGCAAUACCUCCUCCAGCAGCAGAUCCUCGAGGCCCAGCACCGACACAUCCUGCCACCCUCCAGUAGACGCACCCCAGAGAGAGUUCCUCACCAGCCCCACAGAUUACGGCCUGGCUACGAGUUUGCUCCACCUCUCCAUGUCCCACCUCAGCCUGUGGUGCAACAGCCCCGCUACCUGGCUGAGGGUACAGACUGGGAUCUAAGUGUAGAUGCUGGACUACCCCCUCACCAGUAUCACAUCCAUCCACUGCCACAGCACUAUCAGCACUACUUGUCCUCUCCUAGGAUGCACCACUUCCCUCGAAACAAUGCCUCAACACAAGUGGUUGUCCAUGAGAUCAGAAACUACCCAUACCCCCAGCUGCAUUUGCUAGCUCUGCAGAGUCUCAACCCCUCCCGCCACGCGUCUGCUGUGAGAGAGAGCUACGAGGAGCUUCUGCAGCUUGAGGACAGACUAGGCAGCGUCAAUCGAGGAGCGGUACAAACUACUAUAGAGAGAUUCACUUUCCCACAUAAGUACAAAAAGAGAAUACCCCAGGACCUGAAGAUGUGUCUUGAUGAUGAGGAGCUGGACACGGAUGAGAAGUGCACCAUCUGUCUGUCAAUGCUGGAGGAUGGAGAGGAUGUCAGGAGAUUACCCUGCAUGCACCUCUUCCACCAGGCGUGUGUGGACCAGUGGCUGGCCACCAGCAGGAAAUGCCCCAUCUGCAGAGUGGACAUUGAGACUCAGCUGACCCCCGACAGUUGAUAGCUCCGGUCAUUUCCUGCAGCUUUGGAUCUGGGUCUUGUUAUAAUUCUCUAUUGCCUCCCAUCUGGGUGGGCAAGCUCUGCCAAACAUCCCUCUUCCCUCCUCCACAUCACUCAAAGAGCCUGCCUUCUGAGACAGCUGUGACAGAGGGAUCAACCAAGCACACUCACCUACAACACAGCGAGGGACGCGGGGGGGUUGGGGGGGAGCUGAUGCACAGAUGAGUUGGCUGGACUGAAGGUUGGUUGAAUGGACUUAACUGGAUGUGAAGGUUAGCAGAGGACACGUGUGAACAGAUGUGCUGAGGCGUCACAUGUUUCUGUCAGAUGUGUAGCCUGUGUACAUUUCUCCAUACAACCACACAGAUAGAGAGACAGACAGGGACAGAGGACACUCCGACUACCAACCUCCCCAACUCCACCAAGUGUGGUGCAUUUAGGCCAUUUCUCUGCCACAACAUCUAAAACCUCCCCCCCCCCACUCUCCCAGGCCUGUGAAAAAUCCUUUAAGCUGCACUCUGCCCAAGCCCUCAGCACAUCUGUACAGAACAUUAUCAAAUGAUUAGCAUGAGGUUGUUUGGUGUGAACUCUUGUAGCUGAAUGCUUGUGGUGUAAUGGAGUAUAGUACUGAAUAAGUAUUUACAGAGUAACAGUGUUGUGUAGCAAGCAAAAAGCCUUUUGAGAACUAUGUUUGUGAAAAAUAAACCUACAGAGAGGGUGAGUACAGCUCUGACAGUGACAAUAUUCAGUGUGUUAAAUCAUCAUAGGCAACAAGAGAAAGAGCAAAAAAAAAAACAACAACAAAAAAAGGGCCAAAUCCCACCCCACCCCCCUCUUUCUUGUCUAACACGGUUUUGGAUUUACAGUUAGUAGAUGCCAUCAGAGUUUGAUGCUGAACCCGCUAACUGCAGGCAUGGCUUCCAGUGAUUUGUGUAGUGUCGUAGUCGGGGCCUCUAUUAUCUAGAGCGGAGGCCUCGGAUGUGCAUGCUGUAUGGCAGGCUUGGGCUGUGUCGUUAAUAUUGUGGAGCAGUAGAAACGGGGACUGUGUCUGUGCAUGUGAAGCAUAUACUAUGACUCUGGUGAUUCCACUCAUUCAUAGAGGAGGACAAGAAUGCACCCAAUAUCCACCUCCCUCCACCUCUCCCUCCCUCCAGAGUUGAACAAAAGUUGCCCUUAGACAGCGACCCCUCACAAACGUAGCAUUUCUCUCCCAGUAUUUGUGACGAGGAUACAAAGAGCUGCUCAGUGGCUCGUUGUCUAACAGCAACUCCUCUGUGUUGCCUCACUCAUGAUCAUGACCGUGAUCAUGAAAGGGCCGGCAUGGGCCGAAGGAUGCAGUGCCUGCCUGAGUCUUGCCAUCAGAGUUGAAUAAGUAAAAAUCUGACAUUUUUGUCUCACCUAUUACCAGAACCUUAUUGCCUAUCGAACAAGCACAUGUGAUUUCUAUAUACAGUGAAUUGCCUCUGUUGUGUAAUCAGCUCCUUUCAUUUCAAUCUAAGUUGCUCCCACUGUUUGAUUAACAAAAAAAAAGAAAAAAAAGACUGUCUGGUGUUACAGGGAGAAUACAAACUAGUUUGCCUGUGAUAUGUGCUAGAAUGUGUAUGAGUGUCCCUACAAACCCCCUCCUCUCUCCCCCCAUGGUCGUAGUGUGUGGUAUUGCUAGAACAACUGUGAUGCGUUCAGUGAUAGAAGCCGUUUUCUCAAUAUCAUGCAUGAACCAUGUCGGUGUCGUUCACUUGAAGGAGGGUGAAAGGGAGAAAAAGCCAUCCAUUUGAAAAAUACCAAACAAUUGUUCUUAACAUUUAGUUCUUAUUUCAAGUGUCUUUCAUUUCUGCCAUCUCCUUUCUUUCUGUUUGUUACUUGUACUUUGUUGCUCACAUGCCAAUUGGGACAUGGCACUAAUAUGCCGAGUCCAUGUCCAUUUUAACCAUAGUGAAGAAAAAGCUGCAAUGCUGCAAAAACAUAUUUAUUGUUGUUAUAACGUAGCUUGUGUUUUGUAAAUGCACUAUAUGGAGUUGCCUGAUUUUUUUUUUGGUUUGGUGAUGUGGGUUUUUUGUCCUAGAUUUUGUGUUUCCUUUCUCAGUUUCAAGUAUUUUCAUGCUUUCUUGUGUAUAAUUGGAGGGUGACUUGACUGUUUGUGUUGCUUUUUUUUUUCCUUUUUUCUUUUCGUAUCCAAACCUCCAUCCAAAAAACUAAAGAUGGAUGAAAAUGGAGGUUUCGCUAGUUCACAUAGAAUGCUGUGAUUUAAAGAUGCCUUAAGUAUUUAACAAUCAUUAUUUAUUACUAACUGUAGCUAGCUAGCUAUUGUGGUGGAAUAUUUAAUGUCUCUAUCUCAUAACUUUGCAAUUUAAUCAAUAUAUUUAUUUAAAAUAACACAAAAUAUUAAAAAAAAAAGAAUACCUCAUUAUGCAUUGGUCGGUGGGGAUGCUUCUGCAUGCCGUGUGUGUUUUUCUUUUUCAAGGAGGAAAAAAAAAUAUUAAGGCAAUUGUUGAAAAAUUGACUGACAUUUUCUAGCCAGCAUGGUGCUGCUGAUCUGGAUUCCAUUCCAUUCAUGUCAUCUCUUGCGUUCUUUACAUAAUUCUUCUCUUCUUAUUGAAGAAAUAUCAUCCCUGCUUUGAUCCAAAAGCAGACGACGGGGGAGCAACUCCCUCUCGUCUCCGUUUAGUUUGCUUCUCUUGUACGUCAGUGCUUUGUCACCCCCAUAAUCAGCCACUGUGUUGACAUUUCACCGCUUUAUUUUGAACAUGUUUGUGAUAUUCAAUCAUAUCUGGAUCUCAAUUUAGUGCUUAUUAUUACUUUAGGAUCCUCAUUAUUACGAGCUGUAUUUCUUUUUUCGGUCUUAUGUAUUGCUGGCAGUCGCUUUUGUGUGGGAUUUUUCCGAAGUAUGUAACAUGCUAACUUGAGCCAUUGAUCUUAUCGAGCAAACUUCUGGUGUACUGUGGUUAUACAAUAAAUAGAUAGCGUGUUUUACACCUGGGUAUAAUAAGCUAACUAUGUUUUCGGUGUGCAUUUUCUUAUUAAUACUCUACUAAUCCUGCAAAUUAUUAUAACAUGUAUUGGAUUGGAAUGAAGCUGGCUGGUCUUACUACUCUUCUUUGAUUUCGUGCUCUCACUGGCCUUACCCACGCCCUCCACAGUGUACCCCAUAACUCCAGAGCGAACUGGACAGUAGCCAUAGUAUUAACUCAAGCUGAUGAACCGGAAUGAACAGUAGAACUUAAAGCACAAGCUUUUUAAUGCAUGUCCUUCUCAGGUUUUCCUAUGUGUAUGUGGGAGUAGCUCUGUAGAUGUGUUUAAUAUGAUGCUGUACCUUCUUGAAUAUUUCAGAUGUUUCUUUGCUGCUGAAAAAAAACAACAAUGUCGAUUAUUAUUAUUAUUAUUAUUAUUAUUAUUAACCUGCCAGUGAAAAAGGGAAGUGGCCAUCUUUGUACAACACACUGCUGUUUUGCUGUAACUGCGCAAUGUUUUAUGAUCUUGAGUAUUUUAUAGAAAAGUAGAAGUAUGUAUCAAUAAUAUGAAAGCAAUAGCUAAAUCAUAAUGAAGAAUAACAUGAUCAGUGAAUAUUGUGGAAAAUCUUUAGAUUCACUCUGGGUGGAUUUUGUACUGUAUUUAUUACUAAUGAUGAUGCAAAAAGUUGCAUAGCUUAACCCAAACUGUUCUGUCUCUUUUUUAUUUAUUGUCUUGUAUAUGAUCUUUUUGUAUGUGUUUUUCAAAUAAACUGCCUAAAAAUGCUGACAACUAAAA